AUGAUUUCUAUUUUAAAUUGGUUAAAACCACGAUGGCGUUUAUUAAUUGUUUUAUUAACACCUUUAAUUUUUCUUCCAAUACCACUUGUUGGCAAAUCUUCUCAAGCAAGAUGUGGUUUUAUUGUAAUUAUUCUAACUAUUUAUUGGGUUUUUGAAGCAUUACCUUUACCGGUGACUUCCUUAUUACCACUUGCUCUUUUUCCGAUGGCUGGUAUUUUAACUGCUGACCGUGUAGCACCACAUUAUUUUAAAGAUAUAAUUACAUUGUUCUUUGGAAGUAUGUCACUUGCUUUUGCUGUUGAAUCUGUUAAUCUUCAUCGACGGAUUGCAUUAUUGGUAUUGAGUUUGGUAGGUACAUCAACGAAAUGGUCUAUGGCUGGUUUAAUGGGAGUAACUGCUUUUCUUUCGAUGUGGAUUAAUAAUUCAGCAGCAGCAUCGAUUAUGUUACCCGUAGCAUUAGCAAUUGUAGAUGAACUUGAAAAUCAUAGUAAAGGUAGUCAAGCAAAGAAAAAUCGUAUCAAAGAAGGCUUAGCCGCUGUGAAUGAAAUGGUUGAUGUAACAAAAACAGAAGUCAAUAAUCAAUAUUCAACAGAAGUUAUUUUAGAUUCAUUACAUAUAGAAGAACCGAAACCACCAAUUCCUAGAGCAUUAAAGGGACGUUUUCAAUUGCCAUGGAAAAAUCGAAAUCUACUCGUGCCUGUAAAAUCAAGCGAAAAAAAAUAUGAAAAAAUAAGAAAAGGUUUUCUUCUUUCUGUUGCUUAUUCAGCAACUAUUGGUGGUUUAUCUAGUUUAGUUGGUACAGCACCGAAUAUUUUUGUCAAAGGUUUUGCUGAUAGUCAAUACAAAAAUACUGCUUUUCGUAUAAGUUUUCUUAAUUUUCUUCUCUUUGCAUUUCCAGUGGCUUUAUCAAUGCUUGUUCUAUGUUGGUUAUGGUUACAAAUUUAUUAUAAUUUCAAAGAAUUAUUUCAAUUUCGUGUAGAUCCAGAAACUAAAGCUGUACAAGAUGAUUUAAAAGCAAUGUUAGUUAAACAAUAUAAGGAUCUUGGAAAACCAAAUUGGAGUGAAUUAUCUGUUGCUAUUGUUUUUAUGUGUAUGAUUAUUUUAUGGGUAACAAAAGAUUUUUCGGGUACACCUGGAUGGGAAGUUAUAUUUGAAGAUGAUUAUAUAAGUGAUGGAACAGUAGCAAUAUUCUGUGGAAUACUUCCAUUAAUUUUACCAAAUGCAAAUCCUUUACAAAAGGAUUGGAAAUAUGUACCAAUAGUUGCAUGGAAUAAUUUAGCAAAAUAUAUGCCAUGGGGUGCAUUAAUAUUACUUGGUGCUGGUCUUUCUGUUGCAUCAGCUUUUCAAGCUUCAAAAUUAUCAGAAAGUGUUGCACGAGCACUUCGAUUUCUAUCUGGUGUACCACACGGAGCUGUUAUUUUAUUAAUUAUUAUUAUUAGUGGUCUAUUUACUGAAGUAACAUCAAAUUUAAGUACGGCAAGUAUCUUUUUUCCAGUUCUUGAUUCAGUAGCACGUAGUUCUCGUAUGCAUCCAGCAUUUCUUAUUCUUCCUUGUACAUUAGCAGUUUCAUUGGCUUUUAUGUUACCUAUUGCAACACCACCAAAUGCUAUUGUUUUUGCUAGUGGUACUAUUCGUGUGAUUGAUAUGGUAAAAACUGGUAUUGUUAUGAAUAUUAUGGGGUUUUUGGUUAUUUUCUUGGCUGCAACGACUUGGAUGCCAAAAAUUUAUGGAUUGAAUGAUCGAGCAACGGAAAUAUUUUUUAGUAUUAAUUCAACAUUAAACAAUCCAGGAUUAUAUAACGGAACCGGUUGA